AUGAAGAAAUACAACGACUCAGUUGUCCGGCAGGCCAUUGACGACCUGCAGAAGGAACUCCUGUUUGCUCUGAAUAACUCCCCAGACUGGUUCGCCAUCCCCCCGUUCAAGGCCAACAACAGCGUCCCCAGUUCCUGCUGCUGGGCGAACGCUACCUCCCUCGACACCUGCGGCCGUAAUCCGCCUCAGUCCAUCAACACCGGGGGCUGUGUGAAGAGCAUCGAGGCCUGGCUGAGGAAACACAUUGUGAUCGUGGCGGCCGUGGCGCUGGGCAUCGCCUUCUUUGAGGUACCGAGCGCUGCAGAAGGCAGCCUGGGGGGGCUGCGGGCGGGGUAAUCCCCUGCCCGAGAC